GCUGCCCUCCCCAUCAGCCGCCCUCCCCGCCGCGGUGCGCUGGCUGCAGGAAGCCGCCGCGCCGCCGCUUUGUUGUCAGGGACCCCGGAGCAGCCCGGGAGCAGCGCGCUCGCCGGCCGCCGCCCGCCCCACGGCAGCCAGCCUUCCAGCCGCGGGACCCGGUUCCCGGGCGCUCCGUCCCCUUGGCCCAUGACGGGGCUCCGCUAUCACCGCAGCUUCCAGCCCGGGGCGGCGCGGCGCUGAAGCGGCGGCGGCGCUGUCCCCUCUGCGGGAAGCCGGCGUCCGCGGCGCCCACCCCGAGGGCAGCAUGGAGGUGAAUGCGGGGGGUGUGAUCGCCUACAUCAGCUCUUCCAGCUCUGCCUCGAGCCCUGCCUCGUGCCACAGCGAGGGCUCCGACAGCAGCUUCCAGUCCUCCUCCUCCGUCCCCUCUUCUCCAAACAGCUCCAACUCCGAUAACAAUGGCAAUCCCAAGAUUGCCGAGCUCGCCAGUAUUGAGGGCAUCUUGAAGAAUGAUCGACUUGACUGCUCUGUGAAAACAAGCAAAUCAAGCGUGCCUGGGGUGACAAAGAGUCACAGUGGGAUGACAAAGUUCAGCGGCAUGGUUCUGCUGUGUAAAGUCUGUGGGGAUGUGGCGUCCGGAUUCCACUAUGGAGUUCACGCUUGUGAAGGAUGCAAGGGUUUCUUUCGGAGAAGCAUUCAGCAAAACAUCCAGUACAAGAAGUGCCUGAAGAAUGAAAACUGCUCCAUAAUGAGGAUGAACCGGAACAGAUGUCAGCAGUGUCGCUUCAAAAAGUGUCUGUCUGUCGGCAUGUCAAGAGAUGCUGUUCGGUUCGGUCGUAUCCCUAAGCGUGAAAAGCAGAGGAUGCUAAUUGAGAUGCAGAGUGCAAUGAAGACCAUGAUGAACAGCCAGUUUGGCGGUCACCUGCAGAGUGACGCGUUAGGAGGGCACCACGAGCCGCCGGCCCUGCCGGCCCAGGAGCAGCUGCGACCCAAGCCCCAGCCGGAGCAGGACAGCAAAUGCGCGGCUUCGCCCUCUUCUGAUUUUGCCAAGGAAGAAGUGGUCGGCCUGGUGACCAGGGCCCACAAGGAUACUUUCAUGUAUAAUCAGGAGCAGCGAGAGAACUCGGCUGAGACCAUGCCGCCCCCGAGAGGGGAGCGGCUUCCCAAGAACUUGGAGCCGUACAACCUGAAUCAUGACCACGGCGGCAGUGGGCUGAGCAGCCACUUUCCCUGUAUGGAGAGCCAGCAGUGUCUCAGUGGACAGUACAAAGGGAGGAACAUAAUGCAUUACGCAAACGGGCAUGGCCUUUGUCUUGCCAGUGGACAUUGUAUGAACUUCUCCACUGCUUACCCUCAAAGAGUAUGUGAUAGAGUUCCAGUAGAUGGAUUUGCUCAGAAUGAGAACAGUAGUUACCUGUGCAACACUGGAGGGAGAAUGCACCUGGUUUGUCCAAUGAGUAAGUCUCCGUACGUGGAUCCACAUAAAUCAGGGCACGAAGUCUGGGAAGAAUUUUCUAUGAGCUUCACUCCAGCAGUAAAAGAAGUGGUGGAAUUUGCAAAGCGGAUUCCUGGGUUCAGAGAUCUGUCGCAGCAUGACCAGGUCAACCUGUUAAAGGCUGGGACUUUCGAGGUUUUAAUGGUACGGUUUGCAUCAUUGUUUGAUGCGAAGGAGCGUACGGUCACCUUUUUAAGUGGGAAGAAGUAUAGUGUGGAUGACUUACACUCAAUGGGGGCCGGAGACCUCCUCAACUCCAUGUUUGAGUUCAGUGAGAAGCUGAAUGCCCUCCAGCUUAGCGAUGAAGAGAUGAGCUUGUUUACAGCGGUGGUCCUGGUGUCUGCAGAUCGAUCUGGGAUAGAGAACGUCAACUCUGUGGAGGCCCUGCAGGAGACCCUCAUCCGUGCACUAAGGACCUUAAUCACGAAGAACCACCCCAACGAGGCCUCCAUUUUCACAAAACUUCUUUUGAAGCUGCCAGACCUUCGGUCUUUGAACAACAUGCACUCUGAGGAGCUCCUGGCCUUCAAAGUCCACCCGUAAGGGCCCUGUGUCCAGACACGGGCCAUUGGAUGCCAACUGUACAUUUUGUGCUUAUUUAUAUGUG